UUUAUUUAAAUCUCUUUAUCUUCAAUUUCUUGUAAAGAUCGAAACAAUGCUGUUCCCACUCGCUUUGCUUAUCUCAAAUGUUAAUGAGAAUCCGUCCCAUUCUAAACUAUGAUGAAAUUUACGGGAAACGAGAUCCGAUAAAUUCAACACGAAUUUACCAUAUCUCGUCGAUUGAUCCGGCACUGUGAGCAGCGGCCGUAGCGUGGCAGCGACAGUGGGAGAAUAGCGGCUCCGCUGUUAAUACCGUAGGUAGUGCGCAGUGGUAAAGGCCUCCGUGCGCGCGGGCCGUGGUGAACACACACAACAGGUGUCCCGCGAUCGGUUCUCUCCCGCGGUACCGGUUCGGCUCGGUUCUCCAUUUUGCUCCCCCGGGUGUUUACUCCCCGUCGCCUUUCACUCCGGGACGGGACGGGACGAGUGAGCUGAGGUACGAGGUACGAGCGUGUACGCGAGCGCGUGUGGUGAACCCGGAGCGUGCGGAUCGGCGUAACAUGAUGUCGGAGACCGUGGUGACGAUGGACGGUUCCAGCAAUAACGCCAGCAACAAUCCGCGGCAGGUGCCGACGGUGAAGACGGAGCCGGGCCAGCCGAAUCCGCUGGCCGGCGUCCGGCUGAACGUGUCUUACUUCAAGACCAUACCCGGUAUCCUCAAGCUGGUACAGCUGGGCCUGGGCAUAAUAUGUAUGGCGUGUGCAUCUCCAGCGUACAUAAGUGCAACUCAUUGGUUUCUGUUUGUCGCCGUAAUGUCUUUCAUAUCCACACUUAUAUGGAGCGCCAUAUACUUCCUGUCCCUCCGGGAGGUACUUAAGGUGCCCAUCAACUGGAUCUUAACUGAACUUCUAAAUACGUCUAUAAAAGCUGUGCUUUACAUGAUCGCAUUCAUCGUCCAGUUAUCGGCUUCGAGCGCAUUCAUCAGAACUUCGUCAGCGAAUAUCGCUGCUGGGGUAUUUGGAAUUUUCAAUACUAUCGCAUACGCCGCCGGAGCUUAUUUCCUAUACGUUGAAUGGAAGAGCACUAACACGCAAUGAGCACUGUCGGCCUGCAGAGGAUAAGCCAGGUACCUGAAGAGCAUGUAACAACAACAACAACAAUUGCCGCGACCAGAUUCGCGACUUCUCAGCGUCCGUCCAAGGAAAUUUCGGCAUGACUCCAAGAUCGUGCUCGGCAGGAAAGUCAGCGCUGGGAGGGACGGCUUGAAACUAGUCCGGCGUGAUCCUCCUCAGAUCGUGUGUAGCUUAAAAAAGACUCUGUACCUACGUGCCUUAAGAUUAGUUACUUGUCGUGAUCGUCGUCGUUAGAGCGGAGAUCGAUGCCGCGUCGAGAAGAGUCGACGAAGUCGCAGGAGCGAACGGAGUGCUACAUUCGAGAUAUCUGUCUGAAGACAAUAAUGUUACGUUCACAAAGCCUACGCGAGAUCGUGUAAUUAUAUCUAAAAUUAUAACAUAAAAAUAAUCCAAGAAAUAAAAUUAACGUUGAUUUUUAAAACUCUCUAAACGCAAAAACAAUUUUUUUUACGUGAAAGUUCCAGUAAUCUUGAUAUUAUAUUUGAACAUUAUAUAUUUUACCUGAUUUU